AUGCACAUCUACGUCUCGGGCGGCAGCGGGCGCAACGGCCGCCUCGCCAUCGACGCCGCCCUGCAAAACGGCCACAGCGUCACCGCCCUCGUCCGCGACCACGCCUCUCUGCGCGCCCACCCUCGCCUCACCGUCCUCCAAGGUUCGCCCACCGCGCAGCCCAACGUCGAGGCCGCCCUCCGCACCCCCCUCCCCCCCGCCGCCAUCAUCACCGCCCUCAACCCGCGCCGCACCUCGGAGAACCCCUUCUCCCCUCUCGCCCCGGACUCGCCCCCGGACCUCCUCGCCCGCACCGCCCGCGUCCUCCUCGCCGCCCUGGACCGCGUCUCCCCGUCCCACCGGCGGCAGCAGCCCAAAAUCGUCGUCAACUCGAGCCUCGGCGUCGGCGCCUCCUGGCACGCAAUGGCCUGGCCCACGCGCCUCCUCUUCCGCUAUAGCACCAUGCGCCUCACCCUGCGCGACCACGACGACAUGGACCUGCUCGUCCGCCGCAGCGGCCGCCCCUUUGUCUUGGCCCGCCCCGCGAGGCUCGUCGACGGCGUCGCCCGCCACGUCAAGGCGUUGCCCGACGACGGCUCGGGCUGUGGCUGGAAUCCCACGAUAACGCGGAGCAGCGUCGCCGGAUGGCUCGUCACCGCCGCCGAGUCCAGCCAGUGGGAUGGCAAGUCGCCCGUCCUUGUGAAUUGA